AGACUUCUUGGUGUAGGUUGAAGUUGCCCCUAGACGCUGGUCUUGGGUCAGCUUUGCAUUUCCCCUGCUAAUGGUUAAGGUUGGGAUUGAGGAAGGGGAAGCUUAACAUGGAUCUGUACCUCGGGGAAAUGCCACCCCUUAAGUCGGUGUCCAUCGAGCCAUGAAAUCAACAUCAACAGAACAGUAGGAUGUUUCGUCAGCACUUUUCUGUGAACAAUGGCUGGAAAAACAUGGGUGGGCUUAGGUCUCGCUCUUUAACCCACUCCUGUUCACUUCGGAGGAGAACAGCGUAUUGACACUCUUGGCUGCUACUCACUGGUCCUUGAGUUUCAUUUGGCUCCAGGGCUCUCCAGUGUCCUCUCUCCACCAUGAUCUUCCUACUGCUUUUCCCUGUCCUCGUCUUAGGUGAAAUUCAAUUACAAAGCAAUGUCUCAUCCAAUGUAACAUUUGAAGAUAACGAAAGUUUUCAGGAUCAGGAGUAUUCUGCUGUUUUUCGCCACUGCAAUGAGAGCCUCCUAGAAUACUUCAGCUACAUUAUAUGCUGGAAUCAGUUUCACUCUGAAAUGACAGACAUCAACAAGGAACUCUGGUGUGAAUGGGACCAAGUCAUCAGACCAUACAAUGAGCUGACCAGAUGUAUCGAGAGCUUGACCACCAACUUAGGAUGUUACUUCCCGAACCAAGUGGUGCAAGACUUCUUCAUCCAGAUCCAUUCCAACUUCUUCCAGGCAUGUCCGGAGGAGGAGCAGUUAUUUCCUGACGCCCCUUCCGGUGUUGUGCUUACCCUUACCCUCAUUCCAGUCAGUCUCAUCCCCGUCUUGGUUUUCCUAGUGGUCUGGAAGAGCAAGAUCUGCGACUAAGUUGGAAAUGUUGAAUAUGUGCUGUUUGAAUGUGUCUUAGGUCCCUUCCUGAAACAACCCCUAUCAAAAAUGUCCUCUAAGUAUUUUCUUAUAAUGUGUUUAUUUUUCAAAUAUGAUUAUUGUAUGUAUAUUAAGAUUGUUUCUAUUUGUAUAUUUGUAAUGUUGCAAAAUACAUUGACUUAUUUCUUUCACAAAAAAAUUAUUAUAAUUGUAUCUAUUCUGAAACAACCCCAUGUCAAUAUAUUUAUAUUGUAAUACAGUAUAAGGACAAUAAGUACCUACAGUUAAUUUACUGUAGAUGGUCUGUAGUCAUAUUUAUAUUUACGUUUAACAUAUUCUAUUAACAUAUUUACUUUAUACUAUACGUCAUUUAAGCCACUGGGGUUGCUCUUCAAAAGCCCCCCCAACCCCCCACACACAUUUAGCUGUCAUGUACACUGAAAUAAAACUAAACCACAAAACAAAUGGACAGAAAUAAUAUCCACAACAGUCUCUUAUAAAAGUAUAAAAGUGAAAAGGGCGCCGGAUAUCAACCGCAACUACAGGGACAUCGUGUUUUCUGGCCCCUUUUUUGACCCUCCCCUAAUCCCAGUGUCACUAUAGCUCGUGCUAUACCUAUACAUUGUCUUCCCUUGGUCUCCUGCUUGGGAGGUUCUAGGGAAUGAUUCAGAUAAGGUAUAUAGCAGCCAUUAACACUGAAUCAAUCUUUCAGAACACUGUUUACCUUAUGCAUGAGAGUGAAUGCGUGGCAGAUACAUUGUAGUAUCACCAGACCUGGGUCAUACAUAUGAGUCAAAUACUUUCAAAUACUUGAGAUGCACUUGAUUGAGUUUACAAUGGGACCAAUGGAAUAGUCCCAAAAGAGCAAACCCCAAGAUGAAUCAACUGAAAGUAUUUGACCCAGGUCCGGUAAUUAGGUCAGAGUUCAGCUUCAGCCAGCCCAAUUUCCUACUGAACCCCCCUGGGUGACUGUCAUAUAGUCAGUGAAUAAUAUAACAUACUGUGCUCAGCCAACCAAACCUGCUAUUGGUCUGUUGGAGUGUUCACUGUGUGCUGCUAAAUGUCUCUGUUGGAGCACUGCCUAACACUGGGAAUCAAUGAAGUGCAUCCAGCUCAUUCAUGUCAUACAGCCAGUUGUUGAAACCCAAGAUCUUUAGGCAGUAGUCCAGUCCUGGAUCGGGACUUCUAGUGCUGUGGUACCUGCACAAACUAGCCUUUUAUUACACUAUAAUUUAGUGCAAUAGCAAAUGUACGUUUACUUUCAAUGCUAAGACUACCAUUGUAUGAUGUUUCCUGUGCUGGUGUGGUUGUGAAGAGGCGCGUAAUAUCAAGUAACUUGAGUUACAGAGAGGGGUAACUUAUUAUUUGAAUAAUCAAGAAGCGAGUUCUCACCGUUUUCCUGAAUGAAUACAGUGGCUCACCAUGGGCCAAUCCAGUUGCAUUGUCGAGAGAGAGAAAGAUUAAGUGGUUGUUUAAAUAACGAUAGCCUUGUUAACUUUCACAUCCGUAUUAGUUCAGUGGGGAAAUACGGACUGCUUGGAACAGGGCAAAUUCCUUUUGGUGAUUAAACCUUAGAGAAAGAGCAUUCUCUCUCUUAUCUAAACUCACAGUUUCACCCACUGUUGUGGUUAGAUGCACUGCUGACAAUCGGCCGUUUGACAUUUCACAGCUGUAUGGUGAGGCUAUGUCGAGAUGGCAUAAGGCGCCACCUACUGUCUCAAAGCUGUAAAGACGACUCCAGUCAACUGUGUAUGCAGUAUACACAUACAGGUAACUGCCAAAAUAAAGGAAACACCAACAUAAAGUGUCUUGGGGCAUUGGGCCAUCCACCACGAGACAGAACAGCUUCAAUGCACAAUGGCCUAUAGUCUACAAGUGUCUGGAACUCUAUUGGAGGGCUGUGACACUUCAACCAUGAGAAAUUCCAUAAAUCGGUGUUUUGUUGACGAUGAUGGAAAAUGCUUUACCAGGCUCCGCUCCAGAAUCUCCCACAAGUCUUCAAUUGGGUUGGGAUCUGGUGACUGAGACGAACAUGGCAUAUUAUUAUUCAUUAUUAUUACUUUUUCUAUUUUUUAUAUUACAAUUUUUUCAUUUUCAUGCUCAUCAAACCAUUCAGUGUUCACUCGUGCCUUGUGGUUGGGGGCAUUGUCAUCCUAUUGGGGCACAGCCAUGGUAGCCAAAAUGGCCAAAAUAAUGAUGGGAUGUUAAUUGCGUAAUUAACUCAGGAACCACACCUGUGUGAUGUCAUAAGGUGAAUGCACC